CAUGCGUGUUUGUCCGAGAGAGAGAGUCGAAAUAGAAAGUGAGGGAGCGGGGGGGGGAGAGAGGGAGUUGGAGAGAAAGAGAAAGACAAGGAGGGGUGGGAGCGUGUGUGUGUUUAAGCUAGCUACUCACAGAAAAGAAGGAAUAAGAAAAUUGAAGUAGCCGCCAUAUGCUGAGGAUUUUGGUGAAUGCCUUGCUGAGGAGAGACGCUCGUUUUUCCGGCGGAUCCUAAGAGAUGGGAAGCUCUCAUUUGCUGAACAAAGGCUUGCCUUUAGGCAUCAGGCCUCCCAUAAUGAAUGGGCCCAUGCACCCUCGUCCUCUGGUGGCACUGCUGGAUGGGCGGGACUGUACUGUGGAGAUGCCCAUCCUGAAGGACGUGGCCACCGUGGCCUUCUGUGAUGCCCAGUCCACACAGGAGAUCCACGAGAAGGUGUUAAAUGAAGCAGUGGGCGCCCUCAUGUACCACACAAUCACGCUGAUGAGGGAGGACCUGGAAAAGUUCAAAGCACUCCGUAUAAUUGUCCGCAUUGGGAGCGGCUUUGAUAAUAUCGACAUAAAGUCUGCUGGAGACUUAGGUAUAGCAGUCUGCAACAUGCCAGCAGCUUCAGUAGAGGAGACGUCAGACUCCACCAUGUGUCACAUCCUGAACCUGUACCGACGCACCACCUGGCUACACCAGGCUCUCCGGGAGGGCACGCGGGUCCAGAGCGUGGAACAGAUCCGAGAGGUCGCGUCUGGGGCGGCCCGGAUCAGAGGAGAGACGCUGGGGAUCAUUGGUCUAGGUCGUGUCGGACAGGCGGUGGCGCUGAGAGCCAAAGCAUUCGGUUUCAACGUGAUGUUCUACGACCCGUACCUGUCUGACGGGAUGGAGCGAGCCCUGGGGCUGCAGAGAGUCAACACCCUACAGGACCUGCUCUUCCACAGCGACUGCGUCACCUUACACUGCAGUCUCAAUGAGCACAACCACCAUCUCAUCAACGACUUCACCAUCAAACAGAUGCGUCAAGGCGCCUUCCUAGUGAACACUGCGCGUGGUGGUCUGGUGGAUGAGAAAGCGUUGGCCCAGGCUCUGAAAGAGGGCAGAAUACGGGGAGCAGCGCUGGACGUCCACGAGACAGAGCCCUUCAGUUUCAGCCAAGGUCCUCUUAAAGACGCCCCCAACCUGAUCUGCACCCCUCACGCGGCCUGGUACAGCGAGCAGGCCUCCAUCGAGAUGCGGGAGGAGGCGGCGCGGGAGAUCCGGCGAGCUAUUACCGGUCGCAUUCCAGACAGCCUGAAGAACUGCGUGAACAAAGAGUUCCUCACACAGACCACGCACUGGGCCGGCAUGGACCCGGCUGUUGUUCAUCCAGAACUCAAUGGCACCUAUAGAAUAGAUACACCCUAUCAGCUGAGCUUUCUCUCUCUCUCAUCUCUCCAACAGUACCCCCCGGGCAUAGUGAGCCUCGCAUCAGGGGGUCUACCACCACCAGUGGAGGGCAUUAUGCCGAGUGCCGUGCCCAUAACCCACAGCCUGCCCACCGUAGCUCACCCUCCGCACGCCCCCUCACCCGGCCAAACCGGCAAACCCGAACCCGAUAGAGAGCAGCACCCCAACGAACAGUUGUAGCCCCCCCCCCCCCCCCCCCCCCUC